AUGCACGCUGCUUUGCUAUUCUUGUGCAUUCUUCUGAUUGAUGCUCGAAUUGUACCGCAACACAAUCUGGAUAAUCAACUACGCAUAGAUGAUGUUGUGAAUAAUGCCAUUGUUCCUAUUAAAGGUGCCACAAACAAAGGCUGGGAGGAUUGGGAGGAUUGGAGUGAUUCAUCAGGAGGGACUCUAGAGCCAGGUACUACCGUUUGCUAUCCAGUUGUUGGAUGUUUCGACAAUAAUCCACCAUUUGACAAUGCUGGCUUAGCAGUACCACAAGAUCCAACAGUGGUCAAUACUCAUUUUCUUCUCUUCACAAAUAGUGCACCAACAAAACCAGAAUUUCUUCAAUAUAAUAAGAAUGAUAGCUCGAUUACUAACUCAAGAUUCAGCAAUACGAAAUGGUUAAGAAUUAUCGUACAUGGAUUUACUAAUAAUCGAAAUAGUCUUUGGAUUCCACGAUUGACCGAAGAGUUGCUCAAAUUGAAAGAUGGCGAAGCAUCCGAUGUGCUUGUUGUUGAUUGGGGCAAUGGUGCUAAAUUUCCAUUGUAUAACAAUGCGGCAGCCAAUACUCGUUUAGUUGGCAAAGAAAUUUCUUUGCUUCUGAAGAAAAUGAAAACAUUGAAACAAUUAUCCUACGAUAAAGUUCACUGCAUCGGUCAUAGCCUCGGUGCACAUACCUGUGGGUAUGCAUCAUAUGAAAUCAAUCGUCAGAUGGCUCGUAUUUCUGGCCUUGAUCCGGCCGGUCCAUUUUUUGAAGGCAAAACUACUUCGGUACGCCUUGAUCAGAGUGAUGCGAAGUUUAUCGAUGUUAUUCAUACGAAUACAGAACUUGCUUUGGGUCUCGGUUUAGGAUCGGAUGAUCCAUCAGGCCAUGUAGAUUUCUUUGUCAAUGGUGGCAAACAGCAACCAGGCUGUCCUUCAGUGUAA